GUGUUUUGGCAGACCCUAUCACUCAACAAACAACUUUCUCAACACCUUUGGCUCCUGGAACUGGUUCUGCAAUCACUUUUCCUGAGGAUUGUGAAGACCCCAGAGCUUCUACUGCCCAAGGUGGAGGACUGUGGGCGUUUAUUAAGGGUGUAGCUGAGAAUCCUAUGGUGAAGUCUGUUCUUGAUAAAACCAAACAUUCAGUGGAGACUAUGAUCACAACGUUGGAUCCUGGCAUGGUUCCAUAUAUCAAAACUGGGGGAGAACUGGACAUAGUGGUUACCUCUAAUAAAGAGGUGAAAGUUGCAGCAAUUCGAGAUGCCUUUCAGGAAGUCUUUGGCAUGGCUGUUGUUACUGGAGAGGCUGCACAGUCUAACAUCGCACCCCAGCCUGUGGGCUAUGCUGCAGGUUUAAAAGGAGCCCAAGAAAGGAUAGACAGCUUGCGUCGGACGGGAGUAAUACAUGAAAAACAGCCUGCUGUAUCAGUAGAAAACUUCAUUGAGGAAUUGCUUCCUGACAAGUGGUUUGACAUUGGAUGUCUGAUUAUUGAGGAUCCAAUUAAUGGAAUUCAUCUGGAAGCUUUUACCCAAGCAACACCAGUGCCUUUGCAGUAUGUAAAAAAAAGGUAAGCUAAGAGUCUUACUCCUCAGGACUACAAUCUGAGAUGGUCAGGCUUGUUGGUGACUGUGGGCGAAGUGCUGGAGAAGAGUAUGCUGAAUGUCAGCAGGAGUGACUGGCACAUGGUAUUCACCGGCAUGUCCCGUCGACAGAUGAUCUACAGUGCGGCAAAAGUUAAAGUAGGAAUGUACAAACAACACUUACCACCCAAGACCAUUUGA